AUGUUUCCCUACCUAGUGCCCCAUUCACCUCUUUCCUAUUUCCCUCUCCAUUCCCCUCCCCCACCUUUUUUCUCAAUAUUAUCCACUACAUUUUCCUCCAUAUCCUCUUCAUCCCCUUCUCCAAGGCCUCAUUAUCUCCAGCAUGGUGCUCUAUGUCCUCCUUCUGCCCUUAUCUCACUUCUUCUGUCUUCUCUUCACUCCACUCUUCUAUAUACUCAUCUACCGUCUCCUCUAUAUCCUCCGCAUCCAUUUCUCCAACAAUCAUUUUCAUCCAUAUUUAUCCUACCUCUUUAUCCGCUUAUACGUAAUAUUAUGUACUAUCAUCUCUUCCAACAAUUUCUCUCAAUCCAACUCUACACUCCACUACCUCUUUCCAUUCUACACACUAUAACAUCUACUUUUAUCUCCUUCUCCUCUAUCCUCCUUUUCUACUUACUCAUCUGCCUGCCCCUCUCCGACUUUCUCGUCUGCUUCCUCUUCCUUUCCCCUCCUCUUCUACCUCCUCAUCCCCUUCUACAUUUCGCUCUUCUACACAAUAUACUUCACGCCCUCCACCUCCCCGUCUUCGGAUUUAUUCGCUGCUUUCUUCUUUGA